AUGGGGAUUGAUGCAGAAGACUCUCCUUCAGCAGGCGGAAGCUGCAUGCCGCCACCUGAAGCCACCCCAGCAGGUCCGCUGUCUCUCGAUAUUACGUAUACAGCCCAUGUUCUGGGAGAUCUGAACGGCCUGAGACACAGGGAUUAUACGAGAUAUCGGAGUUACCUCACCCGUCGCUUAGGCCGCUUACGGCGACACUUGGAUGCGAAACAUGGCAGACACCGAUACGUGCCCAAGCCGCUACCGGAUAUUAUUACCGACGAACGGUACCUGUUGUUGGUGCUGCUUCAAGCUGAACGGGCAUGGGCCUAUGGCAUGCAGCUCAAGAGCGACAAUGCUAGCGCCGCUACACCUAGUGCCAAGCUCCGUGCGCACUCGAUCCGCCGGUUUGCAAAGGCCCUUUUGUAUGCCCGUCAGCUGGAGGCCCUUUGUAGGGGGCCCCUGGGAGGGCGGGCCUCCUCUGGGGGCCCUCAGCGCCCGGGGCCCUCGGGUACGGGGCCCGAGGCCCCCGGGGAGGGGCAGGGGCCCCCCCGCGUAGACGUUGAUGAUGAAGGCCCCCUGUGCGACGGCCGGACCUGUUUGGAUGCGCUGGCGUAUCGGUACGCCAUGGAAGCUGCGUUGCAGCAGGAGAAGGAGCAGUGGGCAGCUGCGGCAACAGUGCUGCAGCAGCUGCAGCAGGUGUACAUCCAGCUGAAACGGCUAAGCAGCACGCAGCCGGAGCUUGAGAGACUCUACAAGACCAAGAUCGAGGCGUUGGACCCCCUGUUGCGUCUCUGCGUAUUCCAUUCUGGCGAUAUCCGAGGUGCCGCUGCUGCUGCGCAGCCGCAGCAGCAGGAGGCCCCUUCCACAGCCGACGCUCGAAGGAAGGCCGCUGCCGCUGCCGCUGCUGCAGCAGCGGCAAAGAGCAGCACCGGGUGUAUUGCCACGUGGAGAGGCACGCCAGUAGAUCCCAAGAAGGAGAAACCGAGGGCAGCAAUGAGCGCAGCACUUGCGAACUGGAAGGAGCUGCAACUGCUCCCCCUAGAAACGCUCCGCACGCUUGCCGCCGCUGCUGCAACCGACAUGAAAACCAUGGCUCCCACUCUCACAGAGGCUGAUGCUCAGAUUUGGGCAGAGCAGUAUGGAGAGGCUUCCGCCCGAUUUAGAGACUGUGUGGAGCUGGUUCACAAGGAAAUGAUGGCAGAUCCUGAGGAGUCGUCAUGGCUGCACGCCCAGGCCUCUCUGCUGCAGAUGGUCGGUACUGCUCCUUUGAUUGCAAUUUCUGUUGCAGUUGCUGGGGCAUUUGCAGCAGCCGGAUGGGGUAGCGCUCUCCGGGUUGCUGGUCGCAGUCUUGGCAUGCUGCAGCCUGCUAUGUCCGCUACUGUUGCUGCUGCUGCAGCAGAUCUGCGGGAGUCUCGGGAGCUGUCGAGAGCGCACGAAGGCUUUCGCUUUGCAAAUCUGUUACUUCAGGGCCUUGAGCAGAUGCAGGGGGAGGAGGCCCUCCCCGAUGAGCGCCGUCCGCAGUUGCAACGGUGGAUUCAGAUAGCGAAGGACGGCAAGUACGUGUUACUGUUGUUGGGAGGACUGCAUCCACACACGGCUUCUCCCAGGAGCACUGUCGCUGUACAGGGCCCUCUUAGAUGCGCCUGUGGUGCUGCAUCUCAGUUUUAG